AUGCCCAUAUCUCCUUCAUCCUCACAUGUCCACGCUCCUAACCGCUCUAUUCCCAUGGUUCUGCUUUUCUGCCGGUUUGAAUCGAGUUUGAGACAAUUGUACAGAUUCAAAAUGUUUUUUUGCAGCCGAAGGGACCGCGAUGUCGUCGUCGACUUCAGCCUGCUCGGGAGAAGAGGAAGAUUGUUCCAACGAAUGUUCGGCGUCGUUCACUUUUGACACAAACAACAAUAAUCGCCGCGAUGAAGUUCGUUUCUUUUCAAUUAUUAUAUGCAGCUUAAAAAGCGAAUGCAUAAAAAUCGGAAUUUCAGGAGCUGGCUGAGGAAGCUCACCUAAAGUUGAGCAUCACGCCAACUUAUGACAAAUUUUCUCUGGAACAACUCACUCGCCUUGUCACUAUUGGUAAGUUUUGUUAAUGAAAAAAAUGGAAAAAAAAAUGAAAGAAUUGAUUCUUGAGCCUUUGCCAGAAGGUUUCCAAUACAUACGAGGCGCCAACCAAACUAAUCACAAACCCCAGAAAUUGUUCCGGCCAAUCUCCUUUCCCUAUUCAGGAAACUUGAUUUAUUCUCACAAAGAGUUCUUCCUCGUUGAAGAGGAUUUCUCCUCAUUCUUUACUUUGAAAACCCUUCAAGAAAAGAGACGUCAAAAAGGAAAACUGAUUCGUUCACAUAUUAAAUUUAAGAAGGGGGUAAUAAAAAUGGUCAAAAGAUAUUGCCUUUCAUCGGAACAGGAGGAAUAUUGACGUCAUCAAAGGAUUGGAUGUGGUAUCCGCGCAGUGUUUACCGUUCAGUUUGACGCACAACAAACCCAAGAUGCGCGAGGUCAACUUUUUUCUGAGUGAAGCUUGCGCCCGGCGCAGGCUUUUAUCUGCAAAGUCCCUUGCUUGAGGAAUUAUCCGAAUGGAAAUAUUCGAGGAAAAUGUGAAUCAUUAUUUUUCGUUUGACACGCAACGGCUACAAAACAUUUCGGUUGUUUUUGAGAAUUCUUCAGAGCAAGGAAGUAGCUUGAAACCAAACGGCGACUUUUUUGUUCCUGGGGAGAAAAAUUGGUCGUUCGUAUUAUUGCACUUUCAAAGUCUUGAAAAAUUGCAGCUUGACAUUUUCUGAACUUCCAAGUGACCUAGCAUUUUCAAAACUUUUUUGAAAAGAUCAUCAGGAUAUGAAGAACGGGAGCCCAUUGAAUUGACACCAAAAGACGACACGUUUGUGUUUUUCUGGGUUUUCAAUUAACUUUUUAUUCUCUCUCUCUCUUUCAAUUGAACGAAAUAAGCUCAGAUUUUCCACCCGCAGUAAUGAUGGUUCGUACUGCGCGGCGCUAAAAAGAUGCGCUGACACUUGAAUUCUCGUUCUUUCCACGUUCAUUCUUUUUCCUUGCUACCGCAUUUCUUCCAAAAAGAAGAAGAUGGGAAAUGUACGAAUUGUUAUUGACUGUGAGACGUUUUCUGUGUUUGUUCUGACUAUUAUAAGACUACGAUUAUGCAAACCUUACGGACCAAAAAAGACAUUUGCUGAGACGCAAAAUAGCUUUCAAUCUUUUUGCGGCAGAGACAUAUCGAAUACCACAAAAAAUUAUGAUUUUGAAAAUGAUUGGAUUGGAAUUUGUAGUUCGAGUUUCUUUUGAAAUUCCAGAUUUUCUGAAGUCUUGAAAUGACUUUUUUUGUAUUCUAUACGACAGUGGCAGGCCUUCCAUAGGGAAAGUAAAAUGGCAAACUUUUUCCCGGAAGUUUUCAAAUAGCGACACAUUAGUCGUCGCAGUUUCCAAUUUUGGUGCCUCUAUUCUUUUGCUCAGCGGCUCGUUUUUCCACUCGGACUGCGCCAACAAGGUGUACUACGGAAUUCGCUCUUCCAAAGAGAUUUCGAGCCCUCGGAGCCCAUUUCCCGUGGGAACGUCGGCGCCUCCCAAAAAUGUCGAGUGUGACGCCUCCAAAAAAAACCUGCAUUACGUUUUGCAUGGGCCCGUCGCGCAAAAAGAUCUAUCAAAUUCGAAUAUUCAAAGCCACUUCUUCGUAGAACGCUGUUUUUGCCUCUUUCGUGUUUAGAGAAGAGACCAUAUCCAAUUUUCUGGAAAUACAAAAAAAGACGUUGUGCAAUAAAAUUCUGCUAAUCUGAAAAACUCAAUAGCAAAAGUUUCGAUUGAAAAAAAAACAGCAAAAUUAUUGCACAUUAUUUGACUUUCGAAAAAAAGCAAAGAAAUAAUUUUUCCUUAUUAUGAAGAUUUUUUUCAAAAGGUAUAUAAAGCCUUAAUCAUAAAAAAAUUACCAGUGAAUGGAUCGCUAAUCAAACUUAAUUUUCAUGUUUCAUCCAAUUGAAUCUAACUUGAAUUUGAAAAAAAUUUGCAUAUUUGAAAGACCGCACCUGAACUCUUUGUUUACACAUAAGUUUUAGGUAAAGGAACGUUUGGUAGAGUGGAACUGGCGCGCGACAAAAUCAACGGUGCUCACUAUGCGCUGAAAGUGCUGAAUAUCAAGCGAGUGGUCGACACUCGGCAAGUGGAUCAUGUGCACAGCGAGAAAAAAGUUCUUCUCAAACUCAAGCAUCCGUUCAUUGUCAGAUUGUAAGAAUGCCUUACGGAGUCCUCCAGAAUGAUCCAUUCCUUCUAGGUAUGCCUGCGAAAAAGACAACAAAUGUCUCUACAUGAUCAUGGAAUACGUCCCUGGCGGAGAAAUGUUCUCUUACCUUCGUGCCUCAAGGUUUUAUUGAACUAGAAGAAACUCUUUCUUAUCUGAUUUCAGAACUUUCACAAACUCGAUGGCGCGUUUCUACGCAGCAGAAAUAGCACUAGCUCUUGAGUAUAUUCAUUCGCAAGGAAUAGUGAGUUCUUGGAACUUUUCGAGCCCAUAGUGAUUUUCUACAAAGUUUAGGUUUACCGAGAUUUGAAACCCGAAAACUUGAUGCUGAGCAAAGAUGGUCACGUGAAGAUGGCCGAUUUUGGAUUUGCAAAGGAGCUUCGGGACAGGUUUGUGUUGCUUUUGACGCAUGCGCGAUCCAUCUCAAACGUCGGUUCUCAAGUGCGUUUUGAAUACAAAGUGAUGAAGAACAGACACCUUCUUUGAAAUGUACGAAUUGAACCUCGAGGAAUUAUUGAAAAACUUUCUACGAAACAUGUCAGCCAAUCGGGUGGCCCAUUCUAUUUUGAGUGGCCGUUCCAUUCUCAAGAAUACCUACAAAAUAAAUACUUUAAGCAAUUUUUGUUCAGCGUGUUGUUUUUGAAUGAAAAAGUUUUGAGUAAACUGCAAAUUUGUAUAAAUUGCAAUAGAAAAGUAUAUUACUUACAUGAUUACUCACAAAAACUACGUUUUGAUAAAUUUCGAAACUUUUUGUGUUUUCUUGUUUUUCUUUGACCAGCUGCUCGUAUUUUGAGCUGCUACGGUUUCAAGCUUUUCACAAAACAUGAAAAAGUGUACAACGUAAAACGCGUGAAUGAAAGAGCGUCAGUUGUAAUGAGCGACUAGGUUUCUGAUGGCCCGACUAUACUAUGCGAAUGAUUCAAACUAUCGGCGGGCGGAUUACGUCAUUCGACCACUUAGAUCAGCUCUCAAAGAGUUUGGGGGUUGGUCAUUUGAACGCAAUUGUUUGAUAUAACAGUUGCUCUUGCUGAGCGGAAAUCAAUGCGUUCUAAGAAUAACUUCCUUUUUUAUUCUCAGAAACUGAAGCUUGAAACUUCGGGCGUUUUUCACGUUAAAUGAAAGUGAUGCCAACAAUUGGAUAAUUGAAUGUUAAAAAAUGUGAUAGCGUCAUAAAAAAGAAUUUAAAUGAAACUCAAGCUCAAAGAAGUGAAAUGACAUCAAAGGUUCCAUUUAUUUUUCUCUUUUUUUUCUGACUUGAACAACUUAUUAAAAAACAGGACGUUAUGGCCACCCAUUUAAUUGCUCAAGAAGCCUUUAUAAUCGAGCAAAGAAUGAUUUUCCGAGGCAAGAAAUUUAUCUCAAAAAUGCAUGGAUAGGCUGGGCAAUCAUUGGAGAUAUCUUUUUCCGAAAAAAAGCAGACUGAACAAUUGCUUUGUUCCUAUAUCUCCUAGAACACGUUUCAGUAAUCCUUACGCAAUUUUACACAACUUUUGAAGUCAAUAAAAUCAUCAUUUCGAAGCUCAUGUUAACGAGCAAGUUUGCAGGACAUACACGAUUUGUGGAACGCCGGACUACCUGGCACCAGAAUCGCUGUCGAGCAAGGGACACAACAAGGGCGUUGAUUGGUGAGUUUCAACAACUCUCUCAAAGGGAAAUUUUUGAAUUAAACUUUUUCCCCCCUUUUUUUAAAUUUAUGAUAGAUUUUAUGACUUUUUAAAAAUAAAGUUUGAGUCUUUAAAACAAAAAAAUGAAUUUUUUUCAGGUGGGCUCUUGGAAUUCUCAUCUACGAAAUGAUGGUCGGUAAACCGCCAUUCCGUGGGAAAAAUACUGCCGAAAUCUACGACGCCAUCUUGGAGCACAAACUCAAAUUUCCACGCAGUUUCAAUCUGGCUGCAAAGUGAGCUUUUCAUUUUGCGUAACUUUCAGUAUUUUUUUCAUUUUCAGAGAUUUGGUGAAGAAAUUAUUGGAGGUUGACCGAACUCAACGUCUGGGAUGCAUGAAAAACGGUGCGCAAGACGUCAAGGAGCACAAAUGGUUUGAAAAAGUCAACUGGGAGGAUCUGCUGGCUCUCCGUGUAGAGGUCAGUUUGUUACUUUGUUGUUCUAAUCUUGUAAAAUGUCCACAUUUCAGCCUCCAAUCAUUCCAACUUUGUAUCAUCCUGGAGACACUGGAAACUUUGACGAGUACGAGGAAGACAAUGGUAUGGGUCCUGUGUGUGGACAGCGUGAACGCGAUCUCUUUGCUGAAUGGUGA